AUGGCUCCUCGUCGCGCGCAUACCAAGUCGCGCAAUGGCUGCGACCAGUGCAAGCGACGUCGCGUCAAGUGUGACGAAAAAGGCCCCCCCUGCUCGAACUGCAUUUCUCGUGAGCUUCAAUGCACCUACUUGAGAGCGCCGCCGCGGAGCGUUCAUGCCCAUGCCCGUGCCUCUGUGCCACCGAGCGCGUCUGUUUCGACUCACGAAUCGGGGACGUCACGGCCCCUCGCCCCCAUCAGCCCGGCCGCCUCCACCCCUUCCACCAUCUCCGGAGUUCGCGAUCUCGAGCUAAUGCACCGUUUUUGCACCGACACCUUCCGGAGUGUAUGCACUGCACCCUCCGAGUUUGAGGUGUGGCAGAUUACCAUUCCGCGCUUGGCCCUGCAGUAUGAUUUCCUAAUGAACGGAAUCCUGGCUUUGGCAUCGUUACACAUCGCUACCACAGUAGACCUACCGACCUCUUUGGCUUAUACCGACACGGCCCUCCAAUACCAUAAUCUCACUUUUGGGCCCUUCCGCAUCGCAAUUGACAAUCUCACUCCGCAGAAUUGUGAGGCUGUCCUUGCCCAGUCCAUUGUGACGACGGUCAUUGGCAUUGCUCUCCCACGGGUCACGGGGGCGCGGGAUGAGAGCUCCAACAUGACGGAGAACAUCGUGACUGUCUUUGAGCUUUUGCAGGGUGUCAAAAAGAUUAUCCACAUUGGCCGGUCAUGGAUCAAAUUGAAUCUUUUCUCCCGUAAAAAGGAGCUUUGGGGUUCCGGUCCCACGGAACUGGACCAACAGACGGCCAUGGCGCUGGAUCGCCUAGCAACGCUCAACGAUGAAACGCUGGCCAGCAUCGACACAGACCAACACCGAAUCAACAAAGAUGUCGUCGCCCAUCUCCGCCAAUGCUUUACUUUGUUCAGAAAUUCUCAGGACCCAGCCAAUGUCCUUGCUUGGUUAGCGGCCGUGGACAAAGAAUUUGUGGACAAUGUGCGGCGGCGACAACCGCUGGCUAUGCUAAUACUGAUGCAUUGGGGUGUGCUGUUGGGUGAGCUGGAUGGUCAGCGAUGGUGGGCUCGCCACUCGGGGCGAGCAUUGGUCUCGGAGCUGCUGCGUGUUCUCUCGCCCGCCGACACUCGCUGGGCAGACUCGUUGAUUUGGCCUCGACAGAAAAUGGGCCUAUGA